AUGCUUGCCCGAAUGAGAGCAAUUCCGGCCUUUUCAUUGUCCCUUCCCCUGUUCCUCGACAUCACCAUGCUCAAUGAUACAGGCAGCGAUGCGUUGACAGUCUUCGACACAGACCUAAUCGCGUUAGGCAUCGCUCCAACGUACCUGGGUUUUGGGCCUCAAACUCAAGCAAUGACAGCUAAUGGGAUUGUUUUACGGCAAGUUGUCUACGUUGAGAUCCAGCUACUUGAUUCGCAACGUAAUCCUAUUUCAGAUUGGAUUCUCGAGGAAUCUGUCGUUGUUCCGUCAGCUGAAGGUAACACUAGGCUGUCCGGCAGAGGGAUGAGGGAUUGUCUGUAUUUUGCAACAGCACCAGGUAACCAACAGCUAUACGUGGCCGAAAAGAAGAAUGGCAUUGUACAGCAGCUUCCUGUUGUUUAA